AAUCCCGCGAGUUGACUGCAGUGCAAGUUGUACUGAGACUGUGAGUGUCUCGUCCGGACUUGAGCAGGAUUUGCGGAAAGAAGGAAAGGAAAUAUCUGCCAAGAAUGUGAGGAUUCUGGCCGUACAACCCCAAUCUUGUGCAAGAUCCAUCAUAGCGAGAUAGUCUGUCAGUUAAGAGCAUGUUGAUGAAUAUGGGCCAGCCAUAGUCUGUACACUGAGGCAGGCUUCAUUACCAUUGACUGCAGCCAACUUCCAACAGGACAGCACAGCGCAGGAGGACACACACAUGGAUAUACUUGACUAGCCUUUGAACCGACCAUAUCAGAUGAGUGGUACAACUGCUUUGUACAGGGGAAUCAGUCAUUUUGAAGGGUGUCCCUGAAAAGUUGGUUAUUACAGAGUUCAAAAGACCUGGUUAAUUCAUGUUGAUUUGAAGCAAUCUUCUAACUGGAUUAUAGCAUUGCAAUGCACUGGCUAAAUUGGAUAAUUGGAUAUGUGAUCUUUGUGAUAGGUCUUCCCCAUGGACAAGGGUCCUGUGUGUUUGAGGGUAUACAAAUUGAGAAUGGUACUGUCUGGAAGUCAGAUAGCUGUCACAUCUGCACAUGCCUCAGCCCUGUCACAGUGUGCGAACAAGUGACAUGUCAGGACCCUAGAUGUAACAUACAGCAGGGAGAAGUAUACAGAAUUCCAUCAGGUAACUGUUGUCCGGAAUGCUUCACACCUGGACCACCAUGUGUGUAUAAAGGACAGACACGGGAGUUUGACUCUAAGUGGCAUGUCAGCCUGUGUGAGAGCUGCCACUGCACAGAGAAAGGCGUGAUAUGUACCAAUAAGACUUGCCCAGCUUUACACUGCAAACACGGAGAAGAGAAGCAAAGUUUGCCUCAUGUCUGCUGCCCAAAAUGUGUCCCAACAGGAAGCUCUUGUAUGCAUCAAGGUGUUCACUACCUGGAUGGUGCUGUCUGGGAGCCAACACCCUGCAUCAGGUGCAGUUGUCAAGAUGGAGAAGUUACAUGUUUCACUACCCAGUGUCCAGAUCUCAGGUGUGCACAGGGUUCCAGUGUUGUCCAACUUCCGUCCACUUGUUGUCCACAGUGUGUAGAAGACAUGUGUUAUGUGGGAGGAAAGCAAUACAAGUCUGGUGAUGAGUGGCAGGAAGAUAGCUGUACCUACUGCAGGUGUUCCUCAGGGCAUAGUCAGUGCAGGAAGGUACAGUGUGAGGAUACAAUACAGUGUGAACCAGGUGAGAAGAAGCUGCUGAAGCCUGGAGAUUGUUGUCCAUCUUGUGUGGCAGAGGAAGCAUGCAGGUUAUGUGUUUGUGUCCAGGGUUCACCAGUGUGUUAUACCAAGUACUGCUGUGAUAGUGGUCACCAGUGUGUACAAGAGAAACUCUUGACCACCAAGGGAACUGUUACCGUUCUUCCUGCUGGGUUUGUCAACAGGCUGUCCCAAGACUGGCCAUCUGAUACUUCUGUCAGGGUGAUUGAAGAGCCUAGACACGGCAGUAUGGUGAGUCAGAUGUAUGGGCCAGCCAGUACCUUUACUGUGUCCUCUCUGAGGUCUGGGGAUAUAAUGUACAGACAUGAUGGAGGAGAGGCUCUGUAUGACUCUGUCCUACUCCAGAUAUCUGAUGGAAGGAAAGUGAAGAAUGAACUCCUGGAGAUAGAAGUCCAGUCCAAGGGUAAAAGUGUCCCAGUAAUGGAGGUUAAUAUGGGAGCAAAGGUAGAGAUGGGUAAAAUGGUCCUACUGACCAAAGACAUGCUGCAUUUUGUGUCCGGAGGAAAGCAGAAAUCCAACUUGAUUUACACCAUAACUGACAAUCCUAAAGAAGGGACAUUGUUGAUGAUAGUCCCCAUCCCACCAGAUGGAGCCAGGAGAGGCUGGAAGGACCAUGGGGAUGGAACUAUGGGCGCUACGAUGUACAGGUUCCUCCAGAGAGAUGUGGAUGAGAAAAGACUCUGGUACCAACACAAGGGUAGAGCCAGUACAGGAAAAGACAGGUUUAUUUUUGAGGUGUCUGAGGGCACUAAUUCUCCCAACAUCCUGAGAAACCAGGUUUUCCACAUCUCAGUCUCAGUGCCCCAGAGUGAUGCUCCUAGCACUGCCCCCACUGUGGCACCUGGGGUGGACCUUAGUAUGAAGGUGUUGGAGAACCAGCUGGUACCCAUCAUGAGUGCCCACCUUGCCUUUGAGAACAUUGACUCUGAUGACAGGGACAUAGUUUAUACCAUCACCAGACCUCUGCAGUCCACUCAGGGUUCUGUAGAACACAUCAGGGAACCCUUCCAGCCAGUGUUCAGGUUCACACAAGAAGAUAUCAACAUGAACAAGAUCAUCUACAGACCUCCUAUGACUGAAAUUGGCCCAGAGGAGAAGAAAUUCACCUUUGAUUUUAUAGUUCAAGAUAGAACAAGUGGCUCUACACUUCCCAAGCAGACAUUUUCUAUCUAUGUGAUGCCAGUCAAUAACAUGCCACCCAGACUGCUUCAAAAUGAGCCUUCUGUCAAGGUAACCCAGGGUGGCAGUGUUCUUCUUGGACCUGAUGUGAUUGCAUUGAUAGAUACUGAUACCAGUGUUGAUGACCUUAGUUUGACCUUGACCCAGAAUCCAGUUGCUGGUAAAGUCACGAAGACUUCUAAUGGAAGGAGGAGUGAAUUAAGAAUAGAUGAAGAGAUGACAUAUGCAGAUGUUAAGAACAAUGCAGUCAUGUAUCAGCAUGAUGGCUCCAGACGUUUGGAAGACAUGUUGUACUUCAAAGUCAGUGAUGGUGUCCACACUGUGCCAGUUGGGGUGAAGGUGUCUGUGACCAGGGCAGACAGAGCGUCUCCCAUGGCUGACAAGCAGGCUAGCUUUAGUAUGACUUUACCAGAAGGAGAUACAUCAACCAUUGAAAAGAAACAUAUGGCCUUCACAGAUAUAGAUACAAGUGAUGAUAAGUUAAUAAUCAAGGUUGUCAUGGACCCCAUGCAGGGAACAUUAAAGAGGGGGAGGGAGAUUCUUACACGGAGAAGCUCAUUUACCCAGCAGGAUAUAAAGAAUGACAUAAUCAAAUAUACUGCUGCCAGUGAGAUAGGCAGUCGCCCCAUUAACGAGAUCCUGUAUUUCAAUGUGACAGACCCCAAUAACCAUGUCCUGGCCAAUCAAAUUCUGACCAUCACAAUUGAUCCAGUCAAUAACCAAGCACCAGUGGUCACUGUGGGACCUGGAGUAGAGGUAGAAGAAGGUGGUCGUGUCCAGUUAACUCCCCAACACCUGAGUGCCAUGGACAUGGACACCCCUGUAUCUUUGCUGACCGUGGUCAUUGAUGCAUUGCCAAGCUUUGGUGUGGUGAAGAAUUCUCUCAGAGGACUAGGUUCAGAGCCAGGGAGGCCAUCAGUGGUCACUACCUUCCCCCUGCAGGACCUACUGGAUGGUGGGGUAUACUAUGUCCAGACUGACCACAAGAAUAAAGAACCAGUGGCAGAUGGCUUUUUGUUCCAUGUCACUGAUGGCACCAAUGAUUCUCCUUCUCAGAGGUUUAAUAUAUCCAUACUGUUGACCAAUGAUGAGGCCCCAGUGAUGGUGACAGAGCAGUUACAUUGUCAAGAAGGUCGUGGCGUGGUAAUGACCAAUGCUACCAUGUAUGUCAUUGACUUUGACAGCGUGCCUGAGGAAUUGUUGUUCACAGUGGAAGCACUGCCACAGCAUGGCAAACUUAGAAGAAAGGAGUACAUGCAGGAUAUGAUAUUCUCUGGGAAAGAAUUACAGCAAGGAGCCACAUUCACUUAUGAGGACAUCCUCAAUGAGCUGAUAGGAUACACACAUGAAGGGGGAGAAGUGGAUGGAGAUGAAUUCACUCUGCAGUUAACAGAUGGAAAAUUCACAGACAGGAAAACCAUGAAGGUUGUCAUUGGUCUUGUGAAUGAUGAAACUCCCCGUGUAGUGGUCAAUAGAGGGCUCCAGGUGUCAGCAGGCUCUAUCACAGUGAUUGGAAAUAACCUGUUGAAAGCAAGUGAUGUAGAUUCUGAGGACAGCCAGAUCAUUUAUACAAUCACUGAAGAUCUGUCAUCAGGCAAACUGAAGUUAGUUAAAGGCCAGCUGAUAGCAGAAAUUACUAAAGAUGGCCACCAAAGCAGCUUUACACAGUCGGAUAUUGAUGAAGGUCAUAUCCAGUACGUACAUGAUGUCAGUGAACCAGCAGGUCCAACUCUGUUUAAAUUCAGACUAUCAGACCCAGAGGAUAAUGUGUUGAUUGAUCAAAGUUUUGUCAUAACUGUUUUAGAGGAUAGGAUUCCUCCCCAGGUGACAGCCAACAAGGAGUUCAGUGUAAAAGAAGGUGGAGCUGCUAAGAUCACCACACAGUUCUUGUCAGCCACAGACACAGAUUCUGAGCCAGCAAACCUCCUGUUUUCUGUCCUCACUCCACCACAGCUAGGACAUAUUGCCUUAGUAGGAGCCAGGGGAAUGCCAGUGAGUCAGUUUCGCCAGUCAGAUCUAGCAGCAGGUCAGGUACAAUAUGUACAUACCAGCAGCGAAGAAACCUAUAUGGAUAGCUUUACAUUCUCUGUCACUGAUGGGACAAAUGAUGUGACACAAACCUUCUACCUGACCAUUACCCCUGUUGAUGACUCUCUGCCAGUGGUAAGCGUCCAUGGACUUAAGGUCCAGGAAGGGGUCAGGAAGGUCAUCACAGAGUUUGACCUGAAGGCAGUGGACAAAGACACUAAGGAGGACCACGUAUUCUUCACAGUCAUUCAGCAUCCACGCCACGGUUCAUUAGACCUGCUGUACAACGGCCAGCAGACACAAGCAACAAGAUUUAGUAUGGCUGAUAUCUACGAAAACCGUGUUAGUUACCAGCAUGAUGGCAGUGAGACACUCCUUGACAGCUUUACUUUCACUACAAGUGAUGGCACCAAUCAUCUCUAUAUGAUGCAACAAGACCAACCUGAAGGUGUGCCCUUGUCAAGACCACUGUUGUUUGAGAUAGCUGUGAGUCCAGUGGAUGAUGGCAGUCCUAUUAUAACCACAAACCUGGGCUUACAUUACCUGGAAUAUGUAAAUGGCAAGGCCAUGAAUGCCAUAACAUCCAAGGAGCUUAAAGCAGCAGACCUGGACACCCAGGAUAAAGCUUUGAUCUACCAGAUAAAAGAGCCACCACAGUAUGGAAGGAUAGAGAACUCUGCCAACCCAGAUGUACCCAUUUCUUUGUUUUCUCAAGAGGACAUUAACAAUGGGGUUAUACGGUAUGUCUUGUUUACAAGCACCAAUGAAACGAAAGACAAGUUCACCUUUGACCUGAUGGACAGCAAGCCAAACAUCGUGAAGGAGCAGGUUUUUCACAUCAGGUGGUCAUAUAUCAACUUUGAAUUGCCAGGCAUGAAUAUAACAGAAAGUUCAGGGGUCAUACGUGUGCCAGUCAAAAGGAUUGGAAACCUCAAACAGUACUCCAUAGUGCAAUGUAAAGCCAUCCCAGGAAGUGCAGUGUCUGCAUCAUCAGCCACUGGGAUAGUGAGACCAGGGAUGAAUGAUUAUGAGGCAUUCAUGGGCCAGGUUCAGUUUGAUGAAUGGCAAGACACCAAAACAUGUACCAUUGUCAUUAAUGAUGACUCCAUAUUUGAGGGGCCAGAGACUUUUUAUGUUGAACUCAGUCAACCUGCUUAUGCCUUGUUAGGAACCCCAACAAAAGCUUCCGUAACCAUUUACGAUUUGGAAGAUGAGCCUGUGGUCCAGUUUGAGAAAGGCCUGUACCAUGUAAAUGAGAGUGAUGGCUUUUUGUAUGCCACUCUCACAAGAUCAGGUGACCUGAGCAGUAGUUCCUCAGUGGUCUGUUCCACCCUGUCUAUGACUGCUAUAGGGAGUGAUGGCAGCAGACUGGAGUCUGGUGCCGAUUUCAAAACCAGACAGCAGACGGAUGCAAACCGGGUCGUCUUCUCUGCUGGAGAGACUGAAGCCUCCUGUGAUGUUCAAAUAAUUGAUGACAGUAAUUAUGAAACUUUGGAACAGUUUGAGAUAGUUCUGUCUGACCCAUCCAUGAUGACAAAAGUUGGACCCAUAUCUAAAGCUAUUGUUAUUAUUGAUGGACCAAACGAUGAAUCUCUGAUCUCAUUCGCUCAUGAGAGUGCUUGGUUUGAUGAAGAUGCAGGUAUUGUUGAGAUUCCAGUGAUUCGUGAUGGUUCAGACUUAUCCCAUAGUUCCAUGGUGUGGUGUGCUACAAAAAUGGUGAACCCACCGUCUGCUUCACCUGGACAGGACUACGUCCCAACAUCCAAUCAGAUAACAUUUGGUCCUGGACAGAAUGUACAGGUUUGCAAGCUGACAAUAUUAGAUGAUAAUGCAGAUCCCAGGGUAGAGGGAAAUGAAACUUUUAUUGUGUUCCUGAGUUCUGCAAUGGGCAGCAGUCUGACUGAACCAAUCAGUGCUCUGAUCACUAUUAAUGAUACAGAUCUAGAUAUUCCAACAAUGCAGUUUGAGAAGCUGUCCUAUGUCAUAGAUGAAGAGGAAAAGUUCCUUGACAUUCCUGUCAUCAGGACUGGGGACUUGAGCUACUCUUCCUCUGUCAUCUGCUUCACAAGGCAGAAAACUGCCCAUGUCAUGAUGGACUUCCACGAAAGAACGAAGACGCAAGAUUCUAGGAUCACAUUUUUUCCUGGAGAGCAGAUGAAGAAUUGUAGAAUUGGGAUAGUUGAUGACACAGAAUAUGAGCCAGAUGAAAUCUUUAAAGUCAAGCUGACGGAUCCAGAAGGGACUGAACUGUGUGGUGCAGCUGUAGGGGACAAGGACACUGCAACUAUCACUAUCACUAACAAGGCAGAUGUUCCAACCAUUCAAAUAGAGUCUGCAGCUUAUAGUGUCCAUGAACCUAACUCCGUAGACAAGACGGCCAUAGUUGUGGUCAAGAUUCUCCGAACUGGUGACAACAAUGGGACGUCCAGGGUGAGGGUCAGUACCAGGGAUGGGUCAGCCAUGUCAGGGAUGGACUAUAAUCCCAAAAGCAAAAUGGUGAAAUUCAAGCCAGGAGAGACAUCUGCUGAAUUCAGUAUAGAAGUGCUGUACAAUGAAGAUGUCGAGUGGCAUGAGACAUUCAUGGUGGUCCUUGGUCCAGAGGAACCAUUUAAAGCUGUAUUUGGGAAGGUCACCAUGGCAACAGUGACCAUAUUGGACCAUGAAGUGUCUGGGAGUCUCAUAUUACCUGCACCACCUGUGGUGGUCUCUCUUUUGGAUUAUGACAAUGUAGAGGUUGGAGUAGAAAAUAACCCUAGUCCUGGUUACCCUAUUAUCUGUGUGACACCCUGUGACCUGCACUAUCCCACCUACAGUAUAACAGGUACCAUGUGUAACCAAGCAGGAAUUAACCAGUCCGCGGUCCAUUAUCGCUGGGAGGUUGCCAUGCCAGUUGACCUCGAUGGCACCACGGCACCAUUUGAGGCCAUCACAGAUAAUACGUUGUUCACCUCCGUGGAGCACAGUGUGCUGGAGAGCAUACACUUCCGUCCAGGGUUCCGCUUACGUUGCCUGGCACAGCCAGUGGACCACACUGGCAGUAAGGGGGUGCCUUUGCGGAGCGAGGUUGUUGUCAUAGGAACCAACAAUGGAAUAUGUCAUAGUCCCAUAUCGACAGGAACUGCUCAGGGGCUGCAGGCACAGUCCUUCAUUGCCAACUUAAAAUAUGUCAGCCCUUCUGAUGAAGACCAUCCAAAUCGCAUACAUAUAUCUAUUCAAAUUCCUCAUCAGGAUGGGAUGCUACCUCUCAUAUCUACAUACCCAUUGCAUAAUCUAAGGUUUUUAUUAACAGAACCAGUCUAUAGACAACAGCAUGUGUGUUCUAACAUGCUGACUAGUGAGGAAAGAAGUUCUCUCACUCAAUCUGGCUUCUUGGACCAGAUGACAAUUCACAAGACUUUGAUAGGGCCUGGUUUUGACAGGCCAUACCAGUUUGAUCUCAGGGUACGUGAACCAAAAGCUAUCAAUUUUUACAAACACUUGAAUCUCAAAAGCUGCAUCUGGACGUUUGAUGCAUGGUAUCAUAUGACGGAGUUGAUGGAUAUUUGCGGCGGAGCGGUUAUCUCUGAUUUCAUGGUCCGUGAUGCAGCACAAACCUACCUCACUAUACGUGUACCCUUGUAUGUGUCUUAUAUCUAUACAAUGGCCCCCACUGGUUGGGGCUCUCUUGAGCAUAGGACAGAAAUGGAGUUUUCUUUCUUUUAUAAUACUGUUUUGUGGAGGACUGGUUUGGAGACUGAGGGUCAACUUAGUGGCAGACUACAGGUUCUCAAGAUAGUGAUUGGUGAAGAUGGGAAAUUAAUAGUGGAUUUCAAGACUCAGGCAAAAUUUAGAGGUCAAUAUGUUUUGGAACACCAUACUUUGCCAGGAUUCAAGAGCCGUGUUUUGCCUCCAGAUGAUGUAGCCAUUGACUUUGAUUUGGCCCUAAUCUGGAGCCAGCAGACCUUUGAUGCCCCUGUCCAGCUGUGGAGGGCAACAAGCAAGUACAAUCUCAAGGACUAUUCUGGAGAGUACACUAUUGAUCUCCUCCCCUGUGCAGUGAAGUCUACCCAGUCCUACAGUCACACCAGAGACUUGCCUGUACUCUGCACAGCACACCACCCAGAAAGGUUUUUGGUCCCUAUUAGUUUCCAGCAGACCAAUCGACCAGUUCCAGUUGCAUAUUCUCUCAACACACAGUUCCAGUUGACAAACAACGAGAAAAUGUUUCUUCUAGAUCCCAAACAACCUGAAAUCAAUAUGAAUGAACUGGACUAUAAUGGAGCUUUUACUAAAGGUCAGACUAUCUAUGGGCGUGUGCUGUGGAACCCAGAACAAGACUUAGACACUGCAUAUGAACUCAGAAUAGAGAAGGUUUAUAUCUGCACAGGCAAAGAUGGAUAUGUCCCUACAUAUGACCCUCUGGGAGAUAUCUACAAUGAAGGACCACAGUAUGGGUGCAUCCAACCAAGUCCUUAUCUCAAGUAUAGAUUUUUAAUACUGGACCGAGGUAAUCCAGAGGCUGCAGUGAUGUCAUUCAAUAAUGUAGAUUUUGGUGCUGAGCUGGCCAGUGAGAACCUCAAGUAUAUAUCACUGGUCAACAUGCCUGGAGUGGAUGGCUUCAUCCUCAAAGUGGACCCUCUGUACAAAGUUGAUUCAGGACAUCAGUGGUACCUCCAAGUCAUCUAUGUUAUAGGCCCCGCAGACAGGUUACACAGAUACCAAAGAGAUAUCACUCCAGCUAUUACCAAGAGAGAUCUCAGGAAAGCAACAGACGAUGUGUGGAUGAAAAAUAGUCAGCAGAAAAACGGAACAAAUAUAAUGUUUCUGAGACUCAAUAUGAGCGGUUAUGAAGCCUUUUCUCUAUCUUCUGACGAGGCAGAGUUUAAUUAUUUGGUUCCAGUUGUACCAGCAGUCUGUGUGUUUUUACUCAUCUUAGUAAUAUUGAUAAUUGUUCUCAGAAGACGUGCAAAGAGAAAGAAGCAACACAGUGAACACUCUGCAAAUGCUCAGAUUAAGCUUGCAAAUAACGACAAUAUUGAGAACAUGUACAGAGACCUCCCUAAGCCAGUACAUAUAAGAAGCAAUAAUCUGGACAGACCAAGUAAUUUAGUACUCACCUCAAAAGGAGCCCAAGUGAAAAUAAAGGACACAAACUUAAAGAAAUCUCAUAAAAAUGUGAACACAGUAGGCACGGAGGUGUGACACUGACGUAAGAAUGUCUCUAAUUUUACCAGCAUGCAUUUCAACACAGGGUUAAUCCUUCAGGAUAGGAGUUCCCCUUGCUUUAUAUGCAUAUCUUUUUGAUGAUGAUGAUGAUGAUGAUGAUGAUGAUAUUAUGCAGAAAUUUUCAAUACUGAUUUGUUCUAGAAAUCACCUAUCUUUGGUGGAAUACUUUCGUUAAAGAUAAGAAUUUUUUAGUAAAUACACAUUUUCAGGUAUAAAGCAGAAAUUAUGUGAGUUUAUAAUUUACAUGCAGCUAGUGACAUAAUAUCUGCUUGUGCAUAAACACCAGAGCAGUAUUGUAAACUUGUUCCUCUAUAGAAUUUUUUUACUGGAACAACUGAUGAUCAUUUCUUUUUUUAGAUUAAAGUUAUGGCUGUAGAUUUAAUUUUACAAAACUGACAAGAAAAGCAAAAAAGGAAAAGAUAAUAUUAAAGUCAGUUUUUGAGUUCAUUGUUUUGUUUUUUUACAGACUCAUUUUUUUUCCGUACACUGAUAACAAAAUACCUGUAUGCAGGAUAAUAGCACAGUUAUCUUUAACUCUCACAUGUACUAUCCACCUCCCAAUUGCAGAGUAUAUUAGUAUUGUUAACUAUUUUAGUAUUGUUCAAGUCACAUUUGUGACAAGGUCAACUUGUGGAUAUUUUUACUUUACCACUGAACUUAUAGACACUUUUUUCUUACAAUUAUAAAUAGCAAAACAAAAAUUGCAUUUCUAAAUUACAGAACUUUACUACAAAUCCUGUCUUUUAUGUAUUAACAUUACGUUAUCCCAAAAUUGCAUUUACUAUUAACAGUACUCAGAUUUUGUGGUUUAAAGUGUAUUGUUAUUUUAAGAACAGUUGCUGAUUUGUUAUUAUUUAUUGCUGAGGACAAUUGACAAGAAUGAUUUUUGAUGCAGACUCUGGAUAUUUUAUAUUUAAUAUUUUGUAUAUUAUACUACAAAUAAUGAAUAACAUUUAAUAAAUAGAUAAAAACA